UUACCAGGAUGCAGAAUGACAGUAAAGGUCAUUGUGGAGAAGGUCUCAGGCUCUCAGAUUGUUGACAUUGACAAGAGGAAGUAUCUGGUUCCUUCUGACAUCACUGUGGCCCAGUUCAUGUGGAUCAUCAGGAAGAGGAUUCAGCUGCCAUCUGAGAAAGCAAUAUUCCUCUUUGUAGACAAGACUGUCCCACAGUCCAGCUUAACUAUGGGACAGCUGUACGAGAAGGAGAAGGAUGAGGAUGGAUUCUUGUACGUGGCCUACAGUGGAGAGAACACAUUUGGCUUCUGAACGCUGGGGCUUGGCUGCUGCACCAUUUUGCUGUGUAUCUUGUAAAUAGCCGAUCAUUUUCAGUUCUGACCCCCACAAAUGCUCCUCCCAUCCACCAUGCAUUUGUAACUGGAUUUAUUUCCUAAUAUAUUGAUAGGUCUUGUUUUCUUAGACUGGUAAAUUAUCGGAUUUAUUUUAUUUUUUCUUUGUGCAUUGUCCUCAUGGCUACAAGUUCUCAGAGCCUCAGCUCUCUGGGACACAUUUAAUGACAUUGUUUAAAUAUUGAAGCAAAAGUAGUUGGGGUACUAAAAACACGAAAAGGAGGAACAUGCAUUUACUCUGGGUUUCGUUUGAGACGUUAGUUUAACAAGUAUUAAAAUAUUAAAUUCUUAGUAAUGGGAACACUGGCUUCGCUAGAGUAUUCUGAGCAGUAGCAAGAUGCUGAUCAUGUUGAACUGAGCUAAUAUGUUCCUUUUUCUCAAUUAGGGGAUAACUACAAUAAAAAUUCCUCCCACAAAGAGGCUGUUA